AUGGCGCCAACAAACGGAAGCACGAUCACGAAGACACCCAUCGAAGAUGCCAGUAAAUUCAUCACCAAUAUUCUGAUUCAGCAGCAGCAGUACUACUGUCUCGAGUUUCUAUGCCACUUUCGCAUACUCGACCACCUCCCGAGACUUCCCGGCAGCGCAUCGUACGCAGACAGUGCUGCGCGAGCCGAUGUACCAGUAUCGAGACUCAGAGCAGUUGUAAGAAUGGCCAUGAUAACCAAGUUUCUCGCCGAGACUAGCGAUGGGAGACUGUCGCAUAGUGCUCUUUCCACCUGUUUCACCGAGAGCGCGCACCUUCGUAUCCAGCUGCAGCAUAUGGUAGAGCAGACGACAAAGCUCAUGGCCUCCNNCCUCACCNNAAAAGCGACUGAGAUGUGGGGAGACACAAAAGUCGCGAAUCAGACAGCAUACAACCUUGCCAUGCGAACCGGGCUGCCUUUCUUUGAGCACCUCAAAUCGCAGCCGGAGUUGGGGGCCGAAUUUGACUCGUACAUGAAGAGUCAAGCUGUAGUCAAUCCCGGGGCCAAAGCCGACUAUCUGCUGCGAGGCUAUGACUGGGCUCAACUGAGACCCGAUGCCACUGUCGUGGACGUCGGUGGUGGAGGAGGCGACGUAGCUGUCAUCUUGGCUACCGAGCACGUACAUCUCCGCAUUAUCGUACAGGAUCUGCGAGGCCCAAUUGGAAGUGCUCAAGGCCAGGUUGACACCAUACACCAGACGAUCAAACACAGAAUCGAGCUUUGCGAACACGACAUGUUCGACGUCCAACCUGUCAAAGGAGCAGAUGUCUACUUCUUGAGGACCAUUAUCCACGACUGGCCUGACCAAGAAGCAAUUCUGAUACUUCGCCGCCUUGUCGCUGCCAUGGGACCCUACAGUCGCAUCGUUAUCAUGGACAUGGUUCUGCCUGCUCCUGGUACAGAGUCGCCGUUUUCCGAGGGCGCCUUGAGACAAAAGGACCUGGCCAUGAUACAGACGUUCAACGCGAAGGAAAGAGAGUCUGAAGAAUGGCACACCCUUAUCAAUGAUGUGGACUCAAGACUGCAAAUCCGCGAUAUCCGUCGCCCUGAGGGCUGUCUGCUUUCUGUCAUUGAAAUUGGGUUCCGCCUUGAUUCUUCGGGAAGUCACAACGGGCAUGGACAGUAG